AAAAAAGAAAGGAGGUGCAUUCGGAAUGCGAGUCGAUCCGGACCAAAUUAAAGAAAGGAAAAAAAAAAGAAAAAAACCACUAAAGAAAAGAGGAAGCUGAUGAGUUGUGUAUAAAUAUGCUAAGAUGGACAGAACAGAAGCAUCCAAUAUCCAGUCAUUCGUUUUAUCAUCGUUCUAUUAUUUUGAUCGUUCAGUUCAUUUUAUCCCAAAAAAAAAAAAAAACAUUUAGUUGGAGUUUUUAAAAACCAUAUUCAAACCUAAAGGCAAAACUCCUACAGAAAAGGGAAAAGAAGAAGGAAAAAAGAGGAUAAAAUCUCCCACAUCCUUAACUCUAUCCACUUGCCUCGAUUCCCUCAACCCCAAUUCCUCCCUUCGCUUAAAUUCUUUUUCCCCUGAUUUUUUGGAUAAAAUUUUUGGACACCCCCCAAAGGAACAAAAAUAAAAAAAACAGGAAAAAAGUUUUAACGAUGAGGAGCCAAGAUCAACAUUUUCAACCUCAACAGCAAGAUAAUCAGCAGUCUAAGGUGUUUUACGAGCUUUCGGCUAUGAUCCUCAACAUCCUCCGAUCUCCCCCGACGCCUUUUGACUUUCCCGACGACGUCACGUCGGCUUCCGGCGUCUCCGGCGGUCAGUCAUCCGCCGUCGGUGUCGGCGGCAGGAGGCAGCAGGUGGGUCCGAUGGGGGCCAUGGGGAUGGGCCAGAUUACGCCGGCGGGAUUCGCGUCUUUGUUACUCGGGAUUUCUCUGGCGCUGAUGCUGUGUGGAUCGGUUACUUUUUUUAUUGGGUUCAUGUUGAUGCCUUGGGUUGUUGGUUUGGUGAUGGUUUUUUAUUUCGUCGGGUUGGUUUCCAGCUUGUCCGUGCUUGGACGCGCUAUUCUUUGUCACAGCUCUUCUUCUCCUCCUUGUUCUGCCCCUCCUUCUCCCAGAAAGGAUUGUUCUUCUUGGAAAUUCUCAUAGGCGGAACAUAUACACGGCUUGUUUGAGCAAGGGUGAAAUUUGCUUUUUGUUGGCUGCCACAGCUGCUUUCAGCGAUAUAGGAGUUGGAAGCUUCAAGUUGCUCGAUAUUGGUUACCAGACAAUGGUGUACCUUUCAUUGGUCAAAUCGACAUGUUGAUAUGUAUGGCAUCUUUACCUGAUGGAACUGAGUUGUUCUGUUCUGUGCAAUAUAUUGAAAGAAGCAUACAGGGUUUAGUUAUUAUUAAUACCCACCUAAGAAAAAAGAGACCAAAGCAAAAGGGGAAGGGAAGGAAAAUCGAUUUCUGCUGUCAUUUAUUUUGACAACAGGGCAGAGUAUAUUUUUCUGCUAAUGCUUUUUUGUGCUCUGAUUUAUAUAAAAGCAUUAGUACAGUAGCAAUAGUUCAAUCUUGAAUCUUCCCACUGCGUUACGAUUGUGUGUGAAAAACAUAGGCAUGUGAUCUAUCAGUGAAAUUAUUUGUGCCUUCUCCUUGGUGUGAGUAUGAGCAAAUACAAAGUUUCAGAAUUGGGAAUGGUAUUGGAAUGUAAAUUAUAACAUCAAGUAUUCAUUUCUGUCUCCUAAUGUGAAAAAUGGUUUCACAUGACCAAUAACUGAGCAAAUGUGAAGAGUUCCAUCAAUUAGGCGAUUCUCCAAAUGCUCGAGCAAGUUAAUCAGUAGUUUGUUUAAGCAAUUUAGUCUCCGUGACUGACUUUCUACAAAAAUCGUCUAAAUUUUGAUUCUAGCUUGCAAAAUGUGAAAUGAAGAACACGAAUUGCAUUCAUACAAGGCCCUAAACAUCGACAUAUUCCGUGUGGUAUUCAGCCAGAUGCCCACAUCUACAUCAUCAGCACCGCAGUAGUGAUUAUUUUGCCGUCUCUGGCACUUUCUACUCUAUUCGGUGAAUGAAAAUGAAACGCUGGACGUCAUUUGUUUUCUCCACACACUACGAAAGAAUGGGAUUAAUAAUGAUGCAAAUCACGCACUCGAUAGUCCAUACCCGAACGAGCCAUUUGCGCAUAUUGAUUGAUACACGCAUUAAAGGUCAAUUGGGAUGUCAUCAGAUUUUUCUGCGGGGAGAUCAUAAGCGAGAGCGGUGUCAUGAGUGGAUAAAAAAUGGAGUCAAGCUCAGGACAGGGGUGAAAGAUAGAUUCCAAAUUCUAAAGUAGAAAAAGAAUCUAUGAUGGAACGAACGAAGACGGAAAGAGGGCAUUAUAUAACUGUUUGCAAGUGGAGACCAAACUUCAGACCAUCCAAUUUUCACCUACUAAUAACCCAAUCUUUCAGCAUGAGGCAACCAAAAAUUUGAGAUCCAAGCCAAGAAAGCCUUAAAAGAAGCAAACUACUCCUUUUUGUAUAUGUCUUCCAAGUUACAUAGGAAAACAAUCCAACUAGCAUGUGAUUUUCAUUCACCUAGGAAAUAACUCAAACAACAUUAACACCACUUCACAGAAAACUAGCCCGAAAGAUGAAAACACACAGACCCACUUCAAUAUUCAAUCUUCUGGAACUUACAAAGAGAACAACAACAAUAACAAAAGAAACCAGAAAAUUUCAACAUAAAAAUAAACAGGAAACUAACAGAAGAGGGGUGAUGACUUUGAUUAGAUUAGACAAAGUAAAUUUCUAGCCAGUAUAGAUGUGAACCCCAAUAGCAAUGAGGAAGAUGGUAAUGAGGCCGAAGAAGAUGAUGGUGUGGACUAAAAUGGAAAGCCCACUGGUCUGCAUAUUCCCAAACUCCACAACUCUUGAUCUCCCCGGCAGCUGAAACAGCAGUCCUGGACUGAGCAGCACGAACAGCACCACCGCAAUCACCACCGGCCCCCAAUCUGCCAUCUUCAAUUUGGAUCAAACUACCCUUCAAAUUUCGUAACGCUGGCUGGAUUUAGCCCUGUUUAUUAUAUAGUGAGGUUAAAGCAGGGGAAAGAAGUGUAUAUUAGUACAAAAGCUAGGCGCAGGCACCACCGACUCCUUAGGAUUCUUGCCUUCUUGGAAGUGUGAAGAAAGAAACGAAUAUUAAUAGCAAAAAUGAUUUUAGGAGUAUGGGAGGAUGGACAAACGGCUAAACCCACAAGCAUUUAUACAAAGGGUGUUUUGUUAAUGUGUA